CGCGGUACAUUAUUGGUUCACCACGAGAGCGGCAAUGGACGGCAAUCUAAGGGUCACAGCAGAAGCACAUCGAGUGGAUAUGCGGUGAUGAUCAGUGAUUUUGAAUGGUGCUUAGGAAACAAAUUGGCUUCAGGAUAACUUUACAUUAUGGAGAUCACAGAGGCAGAGAUUGACGAGUAUGAAAGUUUACCCCCAACCAGUUCCAUGACCACGCACAUGGCUGCUGGGGCGCUGGCAGGGAUUAUGGAGCACUGUGUUAUGUAUCCGGUUGACUCUGUGAAGACACGUAUGAUGUGUUUACGGCCAAAUCCAAAUGCAAAUUAUAGAAAUUUGAUGGAUGCAUACUAUACCAUUGUGCGUUAUGAGGGGCUUCGUACUACGUGUCGUGGUGUGAGUGCAGUGAUUGGUGGAGCUGGACCUGCUCAUGCAAUGUACUUUGCCUGUUAUGAAAAACUCAAGUGGACAAUUGGUGGCACAAGACAAGGAAAUCCUCUUGCUAAUGCUGUAGCCGGGUGUGCAGCUACACUGCUGCAUGAUGCUGUCAUGAAUCCUGCAGAUGGUAAGUGUGUUUUGGAAAAUCAUUAAUCAUGCACAAAUCAGUGGUUUCACUGUGACACUUUUAUAUGAGGUCUUUUCAUAUCAGCGGUAUACUAUACUUAACUGGUCUGGUCCACUAAGUUUGAGAGAUUG